AUGUGUAGCAUUCACUUCAACCACUCCCUCGCUGCUAUGAACAGUAACGAAAUCCUGGCUCACUCCCUGACCCUGGAGCAAAAGACUGCAUUUGCGUUUGUGGGCAUGCUGCUGGUGUUCCUGGGCCUCCUCAUCAUACGAUGCUUCAGGAUCCUCCUGGACCCUUACAGCAGCAUGCCCUCCUCCACCUGGGCAGACGGGGUGGAGGGGCUGGAGAAAGGUACCUUUGAGUAUGCCCUUACCUAA